GAAGCAAAACAAAACAAAAAGGUUCGGUGCGUACGCAUGGAAUAUAGUUUCGUAGGUUUAAAAUUUGAUAAUUUUUAAAAUUAAGCACAAAUAUGAACAGUAUUGGGGAAAAUUGUACCGAGCUGAAGAAGAAGUACGACAGCUGCUUCAAUCUGUGGUUUUCGGAGCGGUUUCUCAAGGGAGAAAAAGAUGAUUCCAUGUGUUCGCCGCUGUUCAAAGUGUACCAACAGUGCGUAAAGGAUGCAAUGAAGGCCCAGCAAAUUGAGUUCAAAGAAAUCGAAAGUGACGUACUGGGAUCGGACAGGGAGCAGAAAGUUCCACCGAAAGCCGGUAGCAGUAGCAGCAGCAGCAGCAGCUGACCCUAGUAUGACAGCAACUAAGAAUUAACUAAGAAACAUACCAAUCAAUUGUGCUGCGUGCGAUGUGAACCGAUGAGAGGCAAACGUUCCCGAUCAAGUUUACAAGCGAACAAGUGUGAUAUUAAAUGUUGGCUUGCCUUCGUCAUCGACUUGGCUCCCCUUGACGUGUCACGCAUGUUUCCCAGGAACGGCACAUCAUUUGCAGUGCAAUUUCACCACAUUCUCUAUCUAGUCGACGGAUACAACUGUGUGUCUGAAUCAAAUGUUCAAAGCUUAAGCUAAAAAGGUGUUUUUUUACGUUUUAAGAAUAAAACCGGUCGCUUUAUUUGGUGUUAUUCGACGUAUAUCGAAUUUGCCCGUAGAAAAUGUUCCGAAUGCUGAGGUAGUAUUCCCUCGUUUUACGAGAUGAAUUAAAUAA